ACGAUGUUUCAGGCACUGCAACGAAGAUCCUCCAAGCUGUCCGUACUACGGCAGGCCCGAAAUCAACAGCCCCGCAUCACAUACAGCUCCAGGCGACAGUAUGCCUCAUCCGGCGAGGGAAGCAAAGGCGGCUCCGGCAAACCCAGCGGAGAUUUUUCCGACCAGGUAGAAGCGAACAAGGAUAAUCCGAUCUCGCGCACCCUAAAACUGAUCGGCAACGAUGUGCAGCGGAUGAAAAAGUUCAUCCUACCGAGCAGUUACACAAACCCAGGUGCUAAGGGUGAUACGCCCGAUUCCGCGAAUUCGAUCGAAAACUACCUCGAACGGUACCGAAGGGACGGGUUCCAAUCGCACUGCGACGUACUCGUAAUCGGUGGUGGCGGUGUCGGAUCGUCCAUAGCCUACUGGCUGAAGAAACGAGCCCGCCAGGGCCUGAACGUGGUGGUGCUGGAGAAGGAUGCAACGUACGCGCAGGCCUCCACCUGUUUGUCGGUGGGCGGACUGCGACAGCAGUUUUCCAUCGUCGAAAACAUACAGAUGAGCCUGUACGGGGCGGACUUUAUGCGUAACAGCAGGGACUAUCUGGGGGACGACGUCGAUCUUAACUUCACCCCGCACGGCUACUUGCUGCUCGCGAGUGAGGCGGGCGCGGAACAGCUGGAGCAAAACUCUAAACUACAGUGUGCGCUCGGGGCGAAGAAUGAGCUGCUGACGGCGAAACGGUUAAAGGAACGCUUUCCCUGGAUGAACACGGAGGGCAUUGCGCUCGGGUGCCACGGGCUGGAGAAGGAAGGAUGGUUUGAUCCGUGGGCACUGCUGUCCGGGUUCCGGAAGCGUGCCAUCGAGUACGGCGCCCACUACGUGGAGGGAGAGAUGGUUGGGUUCGGCUUUCGGCAGCAGCCGGACAUACUGGCCGAAGGCAUCGAGGAAGGCUCGUACGAGGGGAUCGAUCGGGCGUUCGUAAAGAUGAAGGAUGGUGAGAUGAGGGAGAUCAAGUUUGCCAUCGCCAUCAUAGCGGCCGGUGCGCAGUCGGGUGCGAUCGCCAAGAUGGCACGCAUUGGGACGGGGAAGGGCAUGCUUUCGAUACCGCUACCGGUCGAGCCGCGGAAGCGGUACGUGUACGUGUUCCAGUGUGAGAAUGAUCAAGGACCGGGAAUCAACACGCCUCUCACGAUCGAUCCGAGCGGGACGUACUUCCGGCGGGACGGGCUGGGUGGGAACUAUCUCGGUGGCAAGAGUCCACUGCCGGAGGAGGAACCGCCGGUCGACAAUUUGGACGUUGAUCAUACGUUCUUCGACAAGACGGUGUGGCCCAAUUUGGCGCAGAUGGUGCCGGCCUUCGAGGCGAUUAAGGUGAAAAACGCCUGGGCCGGAUACUACGAGUUCAAUACGUUCGAUGAGAAUGGUAUUGUGGGGCCGCAUCCGUACUACAACAAUCUGUAUAUAGCGACGGGCUUUAGCGGGCAUGGCAUUCAGCAAACACCGGCCGUCGGAAGGGCGGUGUCGGAGAUGAUCAUUGAUGGUGGAUUCCGAACAGUCGAUCUCACACGGUUCGGGUUCGAUAGGAUCAUCGUCGAUCAGCCAAUGUACGAGGCAAACAUUUUCUAGUCCAAACGGCGAGAGUUUGUUAAGAUUGUUACAAUCCUUAAAUAAAAUAUAAGUCAUACUUUCUAGACAAACCCCAA